AUGUUUAAGUUUGACUUCAAAAUUGAGUCGGAAACUGGUGACAUUCCACUGGAGAAUGGCGAAGUAUCCACUGAAUGUAAAGGAAUAACGGUUGCUGAAGAAUGUUCCAACAAAGAUUGGUACAAAUCGGAGGAAAUAAAACCGACCGAAGAUAUCUUGGAAAACAUCGACAUUUGCAAAUUAAACUCUUUGAGCAAAGACUACAAAAGCGUUGCCCUUCGCUAUAUGGUUUCGGGUUUUCUUCUGGAAGAUAUAAAGAAUAACGAAGGUGACGAGGUCACCGAUUUAAAGAAGGCCGAAGAAAAUCAUUCGGAUCUUAUACCGGCAGUGUAUGAGGGUGGGGCAAAGAUCUGGGAAUGUACCGACGAUCUGUUGAUGUACUUUGCAGAAAACAUUUCUACCUCGGAAUGGAAAGAUAAAUAUGUAUUGGAUUUAGGCUGUGGAUCUGGACUUCUGGGCAUUUAUGCUUUCAACAACGGAGCAAAAGUUACUUUUCAUGACUAUAAUAAGGAUGUGCUUGAAAACAUCACAAUACCGAAUGUGGUUUUAAAUACAUUGCAACAAUCCGAUGAUGAUGAUGAGGACAUUUAUGAUUUCGAGAAAUUACUUGAGAAAACUCGUUAUUUUUCAGGUGAUUGGGAAAAGUGGUGCAGUUCGCAAAUAUGUGACAAAUUAUAUGAUAUUAUUGUUACCUCCGAAACUAUAUAUAAUCCAGACAAUCAACAGAAGUUGCUUAACUGCCUGCAUGAUAAACUAAAAGUGGACGGAAAAGUUUAUGUAGCUGCAAAAACCUAUUACUUCGGAGUGGGCGGAGGAUUACGCCAAUUUGAGCAAUUAAUCGAAAAGGACAAACGAUUUACAUUCAAAUCGUUGUGGUUAUCCACAGAAGGUGUUAAUAGGGAAAUACUAGAAUUAAGAAAGAAAUGA